CCCCACCUCGCGUGCACAGAGGCCUCGUGUUUCACCACCCAGACCCGAGCCUCAUAGAGUGAACACGUUCAUGACCGUUGUACCCGUUAUUUUGUUUCGUUUAUUGAGUCUUUUGAGUUCAACAGCAGCUCUCUCUCUCUCCCCUUCGCUGGCAAGCCCCAUGGGCAGCUCCGGGUGGGCCGGCACCGGCCGGAGUGCCGGCGAUCGCCGCCGCCUCGGAGCCGAGCCGGACCCAACCCUGGGGCAGCGUCGUCAGCAGGCGGUGCAGGUGGUGCAGCAGCUGCAUGCGGUGCAGCAGCAAGCGCAGCAGCAGCAGCUGCUGCAAGUGCUGGGAUUGGCUGGAACUUGUAGCGGAGUUGGAAUAGGAAGUGGUGGUGGUGGUGUUGGUGGAGCUGCUGGUGGAGGUGGUGGUGGUGUUGGAGGUGGUGGUGGUGCUGAAGGUGUUGGUUGUGGAGGUGGUGAUGGUGGUGUUGGUGGAGGUGGUGUUAGUGAUGGUUGUGGUGGUGAUGGUGGUGGUGAAGGUGGUGUUGGUGGAGAUGGUGUUGGUGGUGGUUGUGGUGUUGGUGGUGGUGGUGUUAGUAUUGGUGAAGGUGGUGGUGGUUGUGGUGCCACCACCGAGGUGAAAGCUGUGCGGGAGGAGCGUUGUUGUGCCGUGUGCGGGGACCAGGCGAGUGGCUACCACUUCAACGCCAUCACCUGCGAGGGAUGCAAAGGCUUCUUCAGGAGGAUGGAGAGGCGUGGGUCUGCCCUGCGCUGCCCCUUUGUGGGCCGCUGUGACGUGACACUCGCCAACAGGCGGCAGUGCCAGGCCUGCCGCUUGCUGAAGUGUCGCUCAGCAGGAAUGAUGCCUCAACUGAUCAUGACGGAUGAGGCUGUUCACCGCCGCCGCGACCUCAUAGCCCGGCGCAGACGAGAGAGAGGAAGCCACUCCUCAUGUGACACAUCUCCCGACGUCACCACGAGGUGUCCGCACGCUCGCAAACUGCGGAAGCUCUCCCCAGACCCCCAUCUGAGCUCAACCACAAGGGGUGGAGGGGGUGGAUGGGAGAAGGUGGAUUGGGAGAAGGUGGAGUGGGAGAAGGUGGAGUUGGAGGUGGAUGAUGGUGGAGUGGGUGGAGUGGGGGGCGAGCGGCUGCUGCUGCUGCGUCUGGCCCAGGCUGUGCUCUCGGCUCACCGCCGCACCUUCGACUCCUCCUUCAGCAGGUUCCAGCACUUCAGGCCGGCUGUGCGAGAGCCGACGUCUGUGCCGGGAGCUGAACACCGGCACGGGGUCGCUGGAUCAGCUGGUGGAUCAGCUGGUGGAUCAGCUGCUGGAUCAGCCGCCGGAUCAGUCGGUGGAUCAGCAGGUGGAUCAGCUGCUGGAUCAGCCGGUGGAUCAGGAGGAGGAGGUGUGGGGGGGAGUGACUCCGCUCCCAGCUACUCAAUGCUACCGCACGUGAGCGACUUGACCACGCACAUGAUCCAGCAGGUGAUCGCCUUCGCCAAGGUGACGCCGGGAUUCAGGGAGUUGUCCAUCGAGGAUCAGAUCGCCCUGCUCAAGGGUUCCGCCUUCGAGAUGGUGCAGAUCCGCUUCAACAGCGUCUACGACGCGUCGACGCGCACGUGGGUGUGCGGCUCGCUCGUCUACAGCGUGGAAGACGCCGCCCAGUCGGGCUUCAACUCGGGCUUCGUGGUGCCCAUCAGCAAGUUCCACGACGACCUCCGCGCCCUGCACCUCGCGGACGUCGAAUACGCCCUGAUGCAGACCCUAGCCCUCUACUCCUCAGACCGUCUUGGCGUGUCCGACUGGCGCCGCGUGGACCAGCUGCAGGAGCAGUGCGCACUCGCCCUGCAGAUGAUUAUUACACUGAACCACCCAGCUCCUGCAAACAGGACUCUGUUUGCAAGGGUCGUGGGCAAGUUGGUGCAGCUGCGCUCCAUCUCGGCCGAGCACUCUCGCCAGCACCUCCACUUUCAGAGCUCCCAGGCGGCUUCUCUCACCCCUCUCAUCAGCGAGAUCUUCGCCUGGCCACCGGACGCUACGUGACACCUUCAGGAAAGAGAGUGAGAGGCAGAGAGAGAGACGGAGAGAGACAGAGAGAGGCAAAGAGAGAGAGAGACAGAGAGAGACAGAGAGAGACAGAGAGAGGCAAAGAGAGAGAGACAGAGAGAGACAGAGAGAUACACAGAGGGAGACAGAGAGAGACAGAGAGAGACAGAGAGAGACAGAGAGAGACAGAGAGACAGGUAAAGAUACAGAGAGAGAGACAGGUAAAGAUACAGAGAGAGAGACAGGGAGAGAGACACAGAAACAGAGACACAGUUUGAGAGACAGAUAGACAGAGAGGGAGACGUAGAUGGAGACAUAGACUUUUGAUGUUUAACUUUUAAUACAUUUUAUUGAUUCUACGUCAAUGCCAGCAUCCAGUGACCGUUACACUCGUACGCAGCGUCAGUGUCGAUAACAACAAAAAGCUCUUCAUCACACAUGACCGGGCAUCGUCUCUGAGAGAGAGGAGGCAGGAGUGGGAAUUAGAACACAUUAUUUACAAUUGUGCAUAGGGUGUACCUGCCGCUCCCCCCCCGGCAUGACCGUAGUUCGCGUGCUCCAGCCUUAGCCGUGCUCUUUUGCCCGGGCGACGCACACGAAGUUAGCGAUGUCGCGUGCCUGUUGCCACUCGUCACGGCCAACUGCGUACGCGAACGCAGUUUCGUAGAAAGGGAUGUCCGGCCUCCUGAAGGAUUCGUGCUAAGAAGCGGAAUAGUGGGUCAAGCCGUUGGCACUCGAGGUAUUGGUGGGCGAGAUCCUCUCUCUCAUUCCGCAAAACGCACACACAGCGGGUCCCUGGUGAGGCUCGGCUGAGAACUAUCCCCUCCAUUUUGUGUCAGGUCCUGGAAAUGCAGCGCCAUCACACAGGCGGCGGUGCGCAGCGUCUUUUUGCGAGCCUCCCUCAACGAGACGUCUCUGCAUCCCUCCACUUUCAAGAGCUUUCCCCUGUCCUUGCGAUCGGAGGAGGGCACCAAUGCUUCUUGCCUGCUUGCCUGCUGCGGGGCCGCCCUUAGCCUUGCCCUAUCGCGACGCUGAAUCUGCGUGGUCAGCCACAGGGUCAGCGUGGUCCUGCUGCUGCUGCUUUGGCUUCUGCUGCUGCCGCCCCUGCUGCUGCUGCGGUUGUUUAUGCUGCUGCUGUUGCUGCUGCUGCUGCUGCUGCUCCGCCUUUAUCCUGGUGCAGCCUGAGCACCGUUCUCCUUCACCUUGGCCGGGCGACUUUUCCGGGCGUGGCCGGCACCACCACACCCACAACGCCGCGGCACGGCUGUGGAGGCAGUCCACCGUGUAGCCGUGACCAUCGAUCGUGCACUCGCGGGUCACGUCUUGGUCCGUGUCGCCGCCCUUCAAAACUGUCGUCAAGGUUUGCCGCUGAAGCGACUUGACGUGCGCCAGCUUCGGACCCCUCGUCCUCAAGGGCAGCAGCACGACGAUGCGCGAGACCGCCGUGGCGAAGCGUCGCAGGUCUCGCUGCAGGUCGGCGCCUUUAAGGAAGGGCGGCGUGCCGGGGAGAAGCACCCUGACGGCGGGCCUAGAGAGCGGGGUGCAUGGCACAAACUGCUCCACCCCGACGUUGAGCCCCGUGUCUCCACGAGGCACGCCACCACUGCUCCCCUCGUCCACGUAAACGGCCACGUAGACGACCACGUAGACGACCACGCCGCGGUUUUGCCGUUAGGCGUCGAGGACACCCGCCUGGCCGACAAGCUCGACAACCGUGGCGACGACGGCUUCGACGGCGAUCUCGGGCGGAGUAAAACAAAUGUCUGCCGUUCCUCCACGAGAGAGAUUCAAGCUUGGUGUACUGCGCCAUGAUGAACGGCAGCAGUACACCAGCGCACGACGACCACCCUGUGCAAUGCCGUCACAUCCUGCGCGCCGUUAACCACCGCGCACACGUCGUCCGCAUACGCCGAGACCCUGACGACAGCAUCCCUGCCUGACACCCCUCGUGAGCACAAGACGGGCACGGAGCCGAUUGUUCAGCUUCUGGAGGCUAGAAACGUUUGUCUGGAGGAGCCUCACGUACGAAAUAAAACCCCCGGCAAAACCCAAAGGAUCUCAGCGCCGCGUACAGGUAGUCGUGGCUGACCCGGUCUUCUCUUGAUCGAGGAAGAGCAGGCCAGUGUCCCGGCCACGGGUGGCCGCCAUGUCGACCACGUCCCUGACCACCCCGAUGUUGUCAUGGAUAGACUGCCCCGGGAUACAGUACGUCUGUUCCGGCUGGAUGAUUUUCCCGGCUGCGCCCUUCAACCGGGUGACCAAAGCCUUUGCGACGAUUUUGUAGUCCGUGUUUAGCAUGGACACCGGCCGCCAGUUCAUCACGAGGCGCAAGUCCCCAGCUCCGCUUCCAGCGCCAGCAGCUCAUUCCAUAGCCGCUCUUCCUGUUUCUGCCGAGCUACGGCGUUCUGGCUCACAAACUGCUGGCAUAGUGACCCUACCUUCACCUUCCCAUUAUCCCACCAUUGCCGGAGCGAGUCAAAGGUGCCCUUAGGUGUUACCCCCACCUUCCAGAAGGCUCUGAAGGCCCCCUGGAAGUCCGCAUUCUCUAAGAGUUGCAGCUUGAACCGCCCGUAGGGACUGCGCUGCCCAACAAGGGGGAGGAGUAAGCGUAUCGUAACCAGAUGGUGGUCGAAAAACCCGUACGGGACAACUCGCCGAGCAGGAUGGCACCGCCGGCAUUCACGUAAAGGUGGUCCAGCUGCGCGAGGCUGAUCCACCCCUGAGCACCACACCAGCUCCACGUGUACUGCCUCUGGGCCGGAUGUCGCAGGCGCCACGUGUCGAGCAGGUUUAGCCUCCGCACCAUGUCGGCCAACGCCCGCGCAGACUCCGGCUGAGGCUCGGCGCCAUUAUGGUCGAGUGCCGGGUCGAGGGUGCAGUGGAAAUUACCCCCGACGACCGUGAGCCCUUCGUCCGGGUCGGCUGCCUCCAGGGCGUCCUGCAGCGCGCCCGAGAAGAAGAGCAGCUUUCUCCCACGACUCACGCUCGGAGCAGACAAGUUGACCAGCCGCAGCCCCAUUGGUACCUCAUUUGCCAGUAAAAAAUAUGAUAAUUGUUUUUUUACCCUUUUAUCUGGCAACAAAACUGACACCUUUUUUUUACGAGGAGUCAUGUUUGCAUAGACCACAAUACCUGCAGUCAUAAUGCAAACAAAAAACAUAACUCUGAUAAUGUAUGCACUGUCCUUGAAGUUUAUUGGUCCACACCCGAGACAGCUUUUCUUAGAGCCUAGUCUCACAUGGUGUUGGACCAGAUGACGCAAAAAGGCGCACAACUCAAAGACAAUGCACCAUCAGAGUAUGAGAGCUUGGGGUAAGCAUUUCCAACCUUGGUACCUCAUUUGCCAGUAAAAAAAAAUGAUAAUUGUUUCUUUACCCUUCUAUCUGGCUACAAAACUGACACCUUUUUUACGAGGAGUCAUGCAUUAUUACUGCAGGUAUGGUGGUCUAUGUAAACAUGACUCCUCGUAAAAAAAGGUGUCAGUUUUGUUGCCAGAUAAAAGGGUAAAAAAACAAUUAUCAGCCGCAGCCCGGCAUCACCGAGCACAAAAUCCGCCGCCAUCAGGUGCCCCUUCACCAUCUCCUUAAAGGUCACGUGGUCAGGAAUGGACUUUGGGCCGCACACAAUCGCGACCCCCGCCUGGUUGGCCUCACGGCGGCGAAAGAAGGUCCGGCCGCCCAUGAGGUGUCGUCAUCGAGCCUGCAGAGUGGCGUCGAGGUGCGUCUCUUGUAGGAGCGCCACUUCGACCUUUAGGCCAUCAAGAAAAUGACAGACGCGGCGCCACCUCUCGUCACUACGGGCGCUAUUACAAUUCAGCCACACGGACACGUGACGGCAUGCCAAUAGGUAUCGGGCGUGGCCACCGGUGAUCACUUAGGAAGGGGAGCGCACCCCUUCUUCAGUUUUUGCACCAACGCCUUCAGGCGAUAGCAUUCCUGGGGGGGUGAACGCAAACUUCCGUGGCUCACAGCAGAUCUUUUGUGCAGCCUUCAGGAACCCCAUCAUGUCGGGGAAGGAGGCCUCGACGUUGACCCCCCGCAUCCUGUAGGUGGCCUGGAGGAAGCGGAGGAUCUCGUCGGGAGCAUAUUCCCUCUCCCCCUUGACUCCUGAGAAGCUCAGCUUGCUCAAGUUCCUGCUCCUGGGCCAGGCUCCGUCAUGCAUCCAGGAGGCUCCGGUGGAAGGCCGGCAGCCCCGCGUAGUCGACCCGGGCCAGAUCCAGCAGAAACAGCUCUCUCCCGUAGCCCAGGCAGCCCCCGGCGGCCCUCAGCAGGGCGAGGGCAGGUGCCAUCCAGGGCAGGGUCUCCUUUACGUACAGCAGUCGCUGCACGGUUUGCAGCCUGAAGGUCAUAAUCCUGGUGGAGACAUCCACCAGGCCCUGGCCUCCACCGCCCGACAUAGCGCAGAUACAUCAUGCAUGUCCAUGACGACUACGCACAAGUCAUCCACGUACGCCGACACCUUGACGACCGCCGCCUCGGGGCCCGGCACCCUGUACCCCGUCAGGGAGAGCUGGAGGCGGCGCACGAGGGGCUCGAUAGACAGGGCGUAGAGGAGGCCCGAGAGCGGGGCCACCCGUGCCUGACUCCACUUUCCACGGGGAAGGGGGUGCCAAGCCGCUGGUUGAUCUUCAGCAGGCUCGACACGCCCACGUACAGGAGCCGCACGUUGCGACCUGAAUGCCGGCCUAAACCCGUACGAGGCGAGCAGUUCCUCCAGGAAGCGGUGACUGACCCGGUGGAAGGCCGUCUCCUGGUCAAGGAAGAGGAGGCCCAAGUCCGUGCCGUCCCUCCCCGCCAGGGAGAUUACGUCCCUGACCGUGCUCACGUUGUCGUGUAAGCAUCGGCCAGGGACGCAGUAGGUUUGUUUGGGUCGAACAAGCUGGCCCACCACCGACUUGAGGCGAUUGGCCAGCACCUUCGCGAAAAUUUUGUAGUCUGCACAUAAGAGGGACACCGGCCGCCAGUUCUCGAUGCGGCGCAGGUCUCCCUUCUUUGGCAGCAACGUGACAACGGCCCCCCGGCAGUUCUACGGGAGCACCCCCUUCUAUUGGCUCUCCGCCAGGACCUCCAGCAGGUGCGGCGUGAGGUCGUCCCAGAAGGUCGCGUAGAAUUCGUCCGGCAGGCCGUCGAUCCCCGGGGCUUUGCUGGCCGCGAGCUCUCUCAUGGCGGUGUGGAGCUCCUCCAGUGUGACGGGGCCCUCCAGGCGCUCGCUCUCGGAGUCCUCGAGAGCACGGCACGAAUCCCCAGCCUGGAAUAGGUUGGAGUAAAACUCCAUCGCAAACCUGGCAAUCUGGCCCCCCGCCGCAGCUGUCUCCCCCCUGGGGUCUGCAAACACGAAAUUACGCCGUUGUUGUGGGAUUUGUGUUGCAGCCGAAAGAAGAACUUAGAUGGGGAGGCCAUGUGCGUCAGGCGCUGCAUUUGUCGUUGUACAAACAAGCCGUUCGCCUGACUGGUCCGUGAUGGCCCUGAAGAGCCGCUGCUUCUCCAACAGCACUCUGCCCUUGUCGUCGCGUGCGUCCUGGGAAAUAGAUCCCAGCUCCGCCUCGAGGAGCAGUAGCUCGUCCUGUAGGCAUCCAACCGCAUCCUCCUUGGCAGAGGCAUGCUGGCCCCGGAGUUGCAGGCAGAGAGCCCGUACCUGCGCCUUCACGUGGUGCUACCACCACCGCAAGACACAGUCAAAGCCGCCCCUGGCGGCCACCCAAUGAGCCCAGCAGGCCCUAAAGGUCUCCUUGAAGGCUGCGUCCUCGAGCAGCCGAACGUCUAAGUGCUGCAGCGCCUCUCCCUGGGGACACGCAGCAGCACCGAGACCAUGUGGUGGUCCAAGAACCCGGACGGUAUGAUCUUGCUUUCGACGAGCAGGUUGGCAUUCGCGGCGUCGACGUACAGCCGAUCCAGCCUAGCGAGGCCUAUUCUUCCCCGAAAGUCGCAGCGACACCACGAGUACUGCCGCUGCAUUGGUCGGUGCAGUCACCACGCAUCCAGCAGCCUCAGCCUCCGCACCAUGUCGGACAACGCCCGCGCCGAUUCCAGGUGAGGCUCGGCGCCAUUACGGUCGAGGGCUGGGUCGAGGGUGCAGUUGAAAUCGCCCCCCACGACCGUCAGCACGUCGUCCAUGUCGUCCGCCUCCAGGGCAUCCCGCAGCGUGCCGGAGAAAAAGAGUCCCCUUUCACGACUCUUGCUCGGCGCAUCCUGGUGCCAUUGAAGGCAAAGUCUGCCGAUAUUAAAUGUCCUCUCACGAUCUCCCUGAAGGCAUUCGGGGACAAAGUCUGGGCCGAACAUGAUCGCGAUGCCUGCACGGUUCUCUUCGCCGUGGCUGAAAAAUAGACCGGCCGCCCAGGAGGUGCUGUCGCUGGUCCUGCAGAGCGUUGUCGAGGUGUGUGUGUGUCUCCUGCAGGAAGGCCACGUCGAUCUUUUGAUCUUUCACAAAGCAGCACACGCGGUGCCAUCUCCUGUCACUGCGCUGUUACAGUUCAGGGUGGCUAUCCUGACUCCCGAAGCCAUUGUGAUGGGUGUGGGGAGUGACGGCACAAACGCACUACGGAGGGGAGGCGAUCUCCCUCCCACCUUCUGCACCAGCGCCUUAAGCCGGUAGCCUUCCUGCGGGCUCAAGCCGUACUUCUGCGGCUCCCGAUGGAUCUUCUGUGCCGUCUUCAAGAAGCCCGGCACAUCGGGGAAGCAGGCUUGGACGCAGACUCCACGCUUCCUGAAGGUGGAUUGAAGAAAGCAUAGGACGGUGUCGGGUGCGUAUUCCCGCUCCCCCGCAACCCCCGAAAAACUCAUGUCGCUGGCGCCGUCACCUCCUCCGUCGAACCGCACGGAGCCGGGGUCUCGCCAGGCUCGGGGUGGCCUCUGCGGCCUCCUCCUCGUCGCGCGACGAGGCGGGUAGAAUGACACCCUCGGGCACCGUGGCUGCCACCUCCUCCAUCGCGCCGCCUAGAGCCGGGGUCCCACCCGGCUCGGAGCGCCUCUAGUCCGCGGGAUCCGCGGCCGUCGGCGCCGUCGGGCGAUGGGGUGGGCGGGGUGGCCCCCUCGGGUGCCGUGGCGCCAUCAGGCGCGGCGGUGGCCUGCGGCCCCCCCCUCCAGUCGUGCCGGUGCGGUUGAGGCCGGGUCCGAUGGUUGUCCCCUGUCCUCGCGAUCGGAGGGGGCGGCGCAGGAGAAAGUCAGCGCGGCAGCAACAAAAAUAAAGCCAAAAAAAUAAACCAACAACAGUAAUAAUAGUGCUACCACUUCAGGCUGGAAAACGGAGAGAAACGCGCAGGAUGACGACGCAUUUCUCCCCCGUUUACCUCUCUCUAGGCCAGGCUCAAGCUCUCAGCUGAGCCUAGGCCUCCGUCCGCGCACCUGUUAGAGCAAGAGCGACCAGCAGGUGUGGCCUCUCCCAACGGUGGCAGAGAGAGAGAGAGACUUUGACUUUUAAAACGGUUUUAUUGCUGUGGCAGCAAUUGUGCCGUAGCCACUUUUUGCAUUCAAAGUUGUCCAUGGCCGAAGACCAUGAUGCUCAUUACAGCGGGUCAAACAGAAUCCACCAAGGACACAAGGACACAAAACCUACAAGGAGUCAUGGCACAUGCGCCACUCACUCAUGCGCGCGCAUGCCACUCGCUCGCACGCGCCACGCCGCCACUCCCGCGCCGCGCCGUCGUGUGCGUCACACCACCCGGUGCUCUGCACCUCCGCGCGCGGGUCGCUCCUUCGGGCUGUCGGGCCGCCGCUCGUGCCGCGUCAUUGGUCCGCCGCGCGUGCCGCGUCUCCAGGUGUGUCACACCGCCGCACGCGCACCCCGCCGCCGAACAACUGCACGGGCUACUCCGCCACGCGCGUGUAGUUCCCACCACGCGUCUGCCGUCCGCCUCGACCAAACCGUUCAGAUCAUAAGCUUCAGUAUGCCGCUUUUGCUAGUGCAGAGGGCUCGCCCGGCCCCCCACUUGUCCUGGAACACGUUAUACUCGCUCCCUACCUGGCCGUAGUAUUCGUGUUCCAGUCGGAGCCUCGCUCCCAGCAGGCCUCUCAUCAUCGCCACCACCGAGCAGCCCUCGUCCGUGGUUGUGUUACUUUGUAACCUUUUUUUCCGCGUUUUGUAGAUGGCCAUUUUUGCCUGAGCGAGCACAAAAUUCGCCAGGUUAUGGCGCUUGUUCGCUCUAUACGGCACUCCGCAUAUAAGGCUGCUUUUGAAGAAAGGCACUCCUAGCUUUCUAAAGAUGGAUCCCAGCAUUUUCAAUAGUGGCGUCAGUCUCUGGCAUUCCAUAUAGAUCUUCCCUUUCGCCGCAGAACACACACGAGUCGGACGCUCCCGGGGUGAUUUUCUUGACCCACACCGCUGAGGGCAGUGCCCAGUGAGCCAGCCUCCAUUGGAGGUCCCCGCUUCGUUUCGCCACGGGGGGUUUGUAUAGUUCUUUCCACUGAGGAGAAGUGUCAAUCAGUGGGGAGAAGGUGUCUCUCCAUUUCGUGCUCGGUAGGUUUUCCAGAGCUCAGGGAUGUAACAUUUUUAUGCAGCAGCCGUAUAGUGCUGUUUUGGAGGCGCCUUUGAGAGUCACGUUUCCGCAGUCCACGAGUUUGAGCAGCAUGCCUGCAUCGCAUCGCCCUGGGGGCUGGAUGCAGGCAAUGCAUAGCUCUGGGAAGGCGGGGGGGGGAUGGUUGGUUGGGCGGCGCCGGUGUCUUUGGGUGCGUGUAGUUGUAGUUGCAGGGUCCGUAUUGCCGAGAGUGUUUCGCGUAGUAUUUUCUCUCCGGCCAACAUGGUGCGGAGGCCUGCGGUGCUGCUUAUGUCGGCCGCGUUUUUCCACUUGUGGCCGUCAUGGUUUUUCACCAGAUCGCCUACCGUUCGUAUCCCGGCUGUGGUGAAUCGCAGAGCCAUUGUUUUUUCCUCACUGAUUCCCCUGAAAAGGUUGUUGAAAAACAGGGGCUCGGUCAGGAAGGUGUUAAUGCUGCAGUACGGGCUCGCCCUGUCUCACUUAAGGCUUCGCCACGCCUCCGCUAGGCUCCGAUAAUAUUGUGGUAACCCUCUGCAGUCGACUAGAGCUAGGUCCAUAAGGAAUAAUUCUCUCCUGUAUCCCAGGUGUCUGCCCGCGUGUCUUAGCAGGGCAAGGGCCAGCGACUUCCAUGGUGCUUAUUCUCGGUCGUAUAGUAGGCUCUUCACGGCCUGGAGUCUGAAGCACAUGACUCGGGCGGCGACAUCUGUUAGACCUUGGCUGCCUUCAUUCAGUGACAGGUGGAGAACUCCUGGUUUUAACCAAUGUUUGCCAGCCCAAACAAAAAGGGUGAGCGACCUGUUUUCCUUUGACAGUAGCCAUCCUGGAGGGUCGAGAGUUUUGGUCCUGUGCCAGAGGACAGAGGCAGCCAGGUUGUUUGCGAUGAGUGUUCUUCCCCGGAAUGACAUGUGUGGGAGGAGUCGUGCCCACGCUUUCAGUUUUAGGAUGCUGUGUAUGUUGGUGUAUAAGAGUUUUACGUGUGUUAUGAAGGUUGGUCCAAAUCCAAGAGAGAGUAAUAGCUUUCCAAGGUAUGCGUGGUUCACCCUGUCGAAUGCUUUUUCUUGGUCCAUGAAUAGGAGGCCUGAGUUUGUUUUGCAUGUCUGCCAAGGAUAUUACGCCCCUUACCGUGCUUAUGUUGUUGUAGAUGCAGCGGCCGGGGACGCAGUAGGUUUGUUCUUGUUGUACUAUUUGACCUGCCACCAUUUUCAGGCGGUUUGCUAUUGCUUUGGCGAUUAUCUUGUAGUCAGUACAUAGGAGGGACACGGGCCGCCAGUUUUCUAUUUGCCGCAGGUCUCCCUUUUUGGGCAGCAGCGUUAUCACUGCCCUCCUGCAGCUCAACGGGAGCUCUCCCUUUCGCAGGCUCUCUGCCAGCAGCUCCAGCAAACAGGGGCCGAGCUCGUUCCAAAAGGCUGCGUAGAAUUCUACCGGUAGCCCAUCAAUUCUUGGGGAUUUUCCCAUGGGCAGCCCCUUCAUCGCGACGUGUAGUUCCUCCAGGAUGAUGGGGGUCUCUAGUCCUUCUCUCUCUGCAUUCCCCAGGGUGGGGGGCCCCCUUCUAACAGUUUUUCCACCGCUUCCUCCUGUGUGCUUUCUUCUUUGAGCAGUUUGGAGUAGAAAUUUCUGGCGAUCUUCAUGAUUUUCUCCUCGGCGGUUAUUACUCCUUCUGGGGUCAUCAGGCUCAAGAUGUUAUUGCCGCUGCUCGAGGGGUUGUUGUUGUUAUUAUUGUUGUUGAAUCGAAAAAAAUACUUGGAGGGUGAGUCCGCGUGUAUGAGGUGCUGCAUCCUUUUUCGUACAAAGGAAAUGUGUGCUUGUUGAUCUGUGAUGGUUCUGAAAAGCUGCUGUUUCUCUAGUAGCAGCAGUGGCCCGCUUCCGUCGUCGCGUGUGUCUCGAGUUGAGCCCAUCUCAGCCUCUAGCUGCAACAGCUCAUUCGCCAGGCGCUGCACCGCAUCACGCUUGACGGCGGCGCGCUGGCUCAUGAGCUGUAGGCAAAGAGCUCUGACUUGCGCCUUUACGCUCUCCCACCAUUGCAGGCUGGAGUCGUAGGUGCUUUCGGUUUUUUUCCAAUGUGGCCAGCAGGUCUUAAAGGCCUCCCUGAAAUUUUUCUCUUCUAGUUGUUGCACAUCGAGCCUCCAGUAAGGGCAGCGACGUGGCUCUCUGGAAACUCGCAGCAGCGUCGAGAUCAAGUGAUGAUCGGAGAAGCCGGACGGGUUUAUUUUACUGUUGUUGUAUAUGUUGGGUUGUGAAAAUUUGUUAUGUUGUAUGCGUGCGUGGGUGAAAUUAUUAUGUUGUAUAUGUGGGUU